AAUAACGAACGCACGGUAUUUUAUUUAUUCUAUUUAUCAGUUUUGGUCUAAGAGUUUUGGCAUCUUCGUCUCUCUUCUUUAUCUAUUCUAAUUUUAUGAGGUCAUUAAAUUAAUUACAUUAGAUUCAGGUUCAGUUGACGGCAGUCGAAAAACGUGUUGGUGUUUUGGAUUCGACACAGGGGUUUCAGAUAACAACAAAAUUCGAUCAUCUUGAAGCCCAUUUGGGCCGCGCCUUGAAAAUGCAAUUUUUAGCGUGUUGUGCCUUGUUUUUGGGGCUACAAGCGAUUCACGCACAAAUCGUUGACAUUGAGCCUGAAUACACUUCACCUGAAAGGAGCUCUGUGAUCUUCAACGUAAAAAAGGAGCUAACCAUCAGCUGUAAUGUGACCAUUGAAGAAGGCUCAGUAGAAAAUGUUGCAGUUGAAUGGAAGAAAGAAGGCAAACUGUUGAGUGAAGUUGAGGGCUUAAGUGGACGCUUCAAGACUUCUAAAAGUGGAUUAAAAUUCACUUUGAGCGUUUCCAAUGCAGAAUACAACGACGCUGGUAAUUGGACUUGCAGUGCCUUGGUUGACGGACAGGAAAAGGCUUCAAGCCAGAUUACUGUUGCUUCAACAAUUGCUGUUAGAAUCAAAACAGAAAAUAUCAAUGUCGUUGAAGAAGAAAAAUUGAGGAUCGAAUGCAACGUUUUGGGCAAUCCUUACCCUUCAAUCAUAUGGAGAAUUGAGUCUAGCAACUACAACGGAUCCACUGGUUACGAUGAUCGUAUCCAAAUCAAAGACUAUGUGGAUGAUACUUCAAAAACCGUUGAAAAUGGUGUCCUAAUAAUCGAAAAAGUUGACAAACAGGAUCGUGGUCUAUACUACUGCAUAGCCACUAAUCGAUUUUAUGAUAAAGAAAGCUUGGAGGCUCAGAGUAUGAUUAGGAUCAAGGACAAGUAUGCCGCUUUGUGGCCCUUCUUGGGAAUUUGUGUCGAAGUUAUUUUGCUUUGCGCCAUUAUUAUUAUUUAUGAGAAAAAACGUAACAAGACCGAGUUGGAAGAGAGUGACACUGAUCAAAGUCCUGAUCAGAAAAACACUCCUGAUCAUGGAAAAGAUGCCAACUUGAGACACAGGCAGUAGGUAAAUGUGUUCAAAAUUGUUUUUGAAAAAUAGUAAAAUACUGCACUUUCUUGUAACAAAAGUCAUUUGCCGUUUGCCAAAGAGUCUUUACAAAUUAUUAUUCCACUAUUUAACUUUCAUAAUGCUUUAUGUAAUCUUGGUAUGUUACUGGAAAAGUUAGAAAAAUCGUUUGUUUAUAUUAUAGUAUUAUUAACGUGUUUUGUCUUUAAAAUAAAUAAAUUAUUAAUAAUUAUUAUUGUU